AUGAGCGAGGAGCACGAUCGGAAGCAAUCCGUCGAGAUGAAGGAAGACAAGAACGCCGUCACCGUCGACGCGGACGGCGAGCUUGCGGAGGCGCUGAGGAACUACGUCCCCGGCACGCAGGAGGAGAAGGCUCUGGUCCGCAAGAUUGACUUCUACCUGAUGCCCAUUCUCUGGAUUAUGUACAUCUUGAAUUACGUCGACCGCACAAACAUCGGAAAUGCCAAAAUCGCAGGCAUGCAGAAGGAUCUUAGCCUGACCGACGACGGCUACGCCUGGGUCCUAUCGAUCUUCUUCUUUGGCUACCUCAUAUGCGAGGUGCCUUCAAACAUGAUCCUCUCCCGCAGUCGGCCAUCUCUCUUCCUGCCGGGAAUCAUGCUGGUCUGGGGCGCACUCUCAGCUCUCAUGUCGGUCUCGAAAAGCUACGGUGCUCUCCUCGGCUUCCGUUUCGUCUUGGGCUGCAUUGAAUCUGGCUUCUUCCCGGGUGUCCUGUACCUGCUUAGCUGCUGGUACACGAAGGCUGAGCUAGGCAAGCGAUUUGCCAUCUUCUACACAGCCGCCGUUCUCUCUGGAGCUUUCGGCGGUCUCCUCGCCGGCGCAAUCACCGCAAACCUCCACGACGCGCACGGCAUCGCAGGUUGGCGCUGGCUCUUCAUCGUGGAGGGCGUAGCCACCGUCGGCGUCGCCCUCUUCGCCUUCUUCAUCCUCCUCGACUACCCCGCCACCGCGAAGCAGCUCACCCCCGCCCAGCGCCAGCUCGCCUCGAUCCGCAUCAUCGCCGACGGCAUCGCCUCCGGCGCGCAGAGCACCCAGCGCCUCACGCACUGGCAGGCCUUCGUCGCCGCCGUCUCGGACCCGCGCACCUGGAUGUUCCUCAUCCUCUUCAUGCUCGACGUCGGCGCCGGCACCAUCUCCUACUUCAUCCCCACCAUCGCCCUCACCCUCGGCUACGACACCGUCACCGCGCAGUACAUGACCGUGCCCAUCUACGCCUUCGCCUCCGUCUGCCUCAACAUCGUCGCCUGGUCGUCCGACCGCCACGUCGAGCGCCGCUGGCACGUCGCCGUCCCGCUCGGCGUCGGCUUCGCGUGCGCCGUCGUCUGCGCCGCCGUGCAGACCCCCGUCGUUCGCUACGUCAUGAUCUGCUUCGUCGCCGCCGGCAUCUGGUCCGCCCUGCCCCUCGUGCUGUCCUGGACCAGCGGCACCAUCAGCCUGCCCGCCGAGAAGCGCGCCAUCGUGCUCGCGCUCGUCAACGCGUUUGGCAACUUCUCGAGCGUGUACGGCAGCCGCAUCUGGCCGAGCAAGGACUCGCCGGCGUACCACGUCGGUUUCGGCGUCACGGCUGCGUUCCUUGGUGCGGGCAUGAUUAUUGCCAUUUUGAUCCCGAUUAUGAUCAAGAUGGUCAACUGGAAGGGCACCAAGGCGGAGAGGGAGCUUGCUGUUGCGACGGAGGUGGAGCGGGAUUAA